UACUUAUAAAUCCCAGUACGAAGGAAACAAACACACACCAACAGAAUCGAAGCGAUUCUUCUGCACAAUCCCUAAAACCCUAGAUUCGUACCUCUCGGCUCUCUCUAUCUCCUGCCCUUUAAACUAUUAGCUAGGGCUUUUUGAUGUUAUGGAAUCAGGCGAGGACGUGCUCGACAGCAACGAUUGCGACUCCCUUGAUGACGAUUUCUACGUUGACGAGAUGGAGGAGGACGACGAGUACUACCACGGAGACGACGGAGCUGGCGAUGCCGAUGACACCGAACCUGACUGCGAGGCCGAUGAUGACACCGACCAUACGUGUUUGCACAAUUAUACAGUGUUGAAUGAAACAGAGAUACAAAAUCGUCUGGAGGAUGAUAUUGCGAAAGUGUUGCAAGUCCUCUCCAUAUGGACCUUCUCAAGGUUUGAAGUAAUCAUUCUACUACGUCAAUUUAAUUGGAGUGUCAGCAAAUUGUUCGAAGAAUGGUUUGCCGAUGAAGAAAAAGUUAGGAAGUCUGUCGGUUUAUUCCACAAUCCCGAUGUUGUAGAGUUUCCUAAGGUGUGUGGAAUCUGUUUUGAUUCGUUUCCGCUUGAUCAGAUUGCUUCAACUUCUUAUUGUGUUCAUCCAUUCUGUGAAUUUUGCUGGUCAAGAUACAUCGGCACGAGCAUAGGCGAAGGGCCUGGAUGUUUGAAUUUAAGAUGUCCUGAUCCGUCAUGUCACUCUGCAAUUGAUCAAGAUAUGGUCAAUAGAUGGGCAUCUGAUGAAGAUAAGGAGAAGUAUCAUCGAUACCUUGUAAGGUCUUACAUUGAAGACAAUAGAAAGAUCAAGUGGUGCCCUGCACCAGGUUGUGAGUAUGCGAUUGAUUUUGAUGAUCGUGGGAGUAAUUUUGACGUUUCCUGCUUAUGCUCGUAUGAUUUUUGCUGGAACUGUACUGAGGAAGCUCAUCGUCCUGUCGAUUGUGGCACUGUGGGAAAGUGGAUUCUCAAGAACAGUUCUGAAUCCGAGAACACGAAUUGGAUCUUAGCUAAUUCGAAGCCUUGCCCAAAAUGUAAGCGGCCUAUUGAAAAGAACCAUGGGUGUAUGCACAUGACCUGCAGACCGCCUUGUACAUUUCAGUUUUGCUGGCUAUGCCUUGGUUCGUGGUCUGCACACGGUGAGCUAAGUGGUGGUUACUAUGCUUGUAAUCGCUACACAGCAGCCAAGCAAGAGGGAGCUUAUGAUGAGGCUGAGAAAAGACGAGAAAUGGCGAAGAAUUCAUUAGUGAGAUACACUCAUUAUUAUGAACGUUGGGCUAGCAAUCACUCGUCGUGGAGGAAAGCUCUCGAGGAUUUAGGUCGGGUGCAAACUGUCCACCUUGAGAACCUCGGAUACAUACAAGCCACAUCUCAGUCUCAGCUCAAGUUCAUAGAAGAGGCCUGGCUGCAGAUAGUUGAGUGUAGGCGGGUUAUCAAGUGGACGUACGCUUAUGGGUAUUACCUUCCCAAACAUGAGGUUGCUAAACGAAAUCUUUUUGAGUACUUGCAAGGCGAGGCAGAGUCUGGUUUAGAGAGACUUCAUCAAUGCGCGGAGAAGGAGAUUCAACAGUUUCUAAAUGAUGAAAGCCCUUCAAAAGAAUUUGGUGAAUUCCGAACAAAGUUAGCUGGGUUGACCAGUGUCACAAAACAUUACUUUGAGAACCUGGUCAGGGCAUUGGAGAAUGGCUUAGCAGAUGUGGACUCUCCCCAUACAGGAGGCUCAAAUUGCAGGUAGGAGCAGCAGAUGAUAGUUUAAGGAAUUCUUUAAUUAUAUAAAUGACCUUUCAAUUUGUUGACAUAUUAGUGUUCUUGAUGAUUUUCUUUCAUUGCUUAAGGUAUAUUUUGCACAUUUGCUAGUAAAUAAUGCAUAAGUAGUCAUUCGUGUUUAAAAGAAUUUUACCA